AUGGAGAAGAAGCUAAGGAUAAAGAAGAAAGUAUGGAUGGGGAAGAAUUUUGGGAUGAAGAAGAAGUUUGGAAUGGAGAAGAAUCUAAUUAAGGAGGGAGAAGAAAUUUGGGAUGUUGAUGAAGUUAAGGAAGUAGAAGAAGUUAAGGAUGGAGAAGAAGUUAGGGAAGGAGAAAAAGUUAAGAAUGAAAAAAAAGUUAGGGAAGGAGGAGAAGUUAAGGAUGGAGAAAUAGUUUGGGAUGGGGAAGAAGUGAAGGAAGGAGAAGAAGUUAAGGAAGGAGAUGAUGUUUUGGAUUGA